UCAUGCUGCUGCCAGGUCCAGAGUCUCUCAUGGGUCCCUGUACGGCCUCCCAUUGCUGCUGUCUCCAUCGCCACACUCUGCCAUGUGCCACUUUCAGGUCUCCUCACACUGCUGGUGUGUUCCAUUUUUUGUCAUAGGGUGCUGGCAGAUUACGGGCCUCCCAUAGCUGCUGCCAGGCCCCUAAUCUGCCAUGGGCCCCUAUACUGCCUCCUCAUGCUGCUGCCAGGUCCAGAGUCUCUCAUGGGUCCCUGUACGGCCUCCCAUUGCUGCUGUCUCCAUCGCCACACUCUGCCAUGUGCCACUUUCAGGUCUCUUCACACACUGCUGGUGUGUUCCAUUUUUGAC